UAUCCAAAGCGAAGCAUUGGCAGCAGCUAGUCUCCCUGCAAGUUUGCAGUUUUCCACCCUUUUUUCUCCCUUUCCCAUCCCCAUCUUUCGUCCGCCCCCCCGCCCCCUCCCCUUCCUCUCGCCGCAAGACCCCAUCCCCCCAGCCCCUCCUCCGCCGUUGACACCACCCGCGAAUCUCCUUCUUCCGAGUAGUGGAGAGGAGGCAUGGCGCUCCGGAGGCUGCUUCAGGGGACCGUUCUACCGCGAAUGACGGGCCGGUAUGUCGGGGCAUCGUUUUCCACGGAGGCUGGGGAGACUAUCCGCGCAACCCUGUUUCCCGGUGAUGGCAUCGGGCCUGAGAUAGCCGAGUCGGUCAAGCAGGUAUUCAAUGUUGCAGGUGUACCAAUAGAAUGGGAAGAACAUUAUGUUGGUACGGAAGUUGAUCCCAGAACAGAGAGCUUUUUGACAUGGGAGAGCCUGGAGUCGGUGCGUAGGAACAAAGUUGGCUUGAAAGGUCCUAUGGCUACACCUAUUGGAAAAGGCCACCGUUCUUUGAAUCUUACAUUAAGGAAAGAACUUGGACUCUACGCCAAUGUCAGACCUUGCAACAGCCUCCCAGGCUACAAGACUAGAUAUGAUGAUGUGAACCUUGUGACAAUCCGUGAAAAUACUGAAGGAGAGUAUAGUGGCCUUGAGCAUCAGGUUGUGAGGGGUGUUGUGGAAAGUUUAAAAAUUAUUACCCGCCAAGCAAGUUUAAGAGUGGCAGAGUAUGCUUUCCAUUAUGCCAAAACCAAUGGCAGGGAGAGGGUCUCUGCUAUACAUAAAGCUAAUAUCAUGAGGAAAACAGACGGACUUUUCCUCAAGUGUUGCCGUGAAGUAGCUGAAAAAUACCCUGAAAUCACAUACGAGGAAGUCAUUAUUGACAAUUGCUGCAUGACGCUCGUAAAGAAUCCUGGUACAUUUGAUGUAUUAGUGAUGCCAAAUCUGUAUGGUGACAUUAUUAGUGAUCUAUGUGCUGGUUUGAUCGGAGGCUUGGGCUUAACUCCCAGCUGCAACAUUGGUGAAGGUGGCAUUUGUCUGGCAGAGGCUGUUCAUGGUUCUGCACCUGAUAUCUCUGGCAAGAACCUUGCAAACCCAACUGCUCUUAUGUUGAGUGCUGUUAUGAUGUUGCGUCACUUGCAAUUCAACGACCAAGCAGACCGGAUCCACAAUGCCAUCCUCCAGACAAUCGCCGAGGGGAAGUACAGAACCGCUGAUCUUGGUGGGAAGUCAUCAACAUCAGACUACACAAAAGUAGUUUGCGAUCAUAUCUGAGCACCAGCAAUCCCCACCCCCCACGCCCGCGAUAAUUUUGUUGCAUGGCAGGAGCUUUAGCCGGAGUAGGUUAAGUGACGGACACCUCAAUUUCCUUGGGUGUUGACCCCGUUUAAGACUCCUGAAUAAUCCUCACAUUCUUGUCCUUGGAAAAGUUUUACCAGCAUUGCAGUCAAGCUGAAGAAUCAUCUGUAAUAAUCAUUGCCAGCAUGAGCUCAUAUAAUUUGUUCGAUCUA